GGCAGUGUUGUGCCUUCAACUGGCUUCAGAGAGCGCGAAGAAAGCUGAGCUCAAGAGGCAGUGCGCACAUAGUGUGAAAACGGAAUGGAUGUUAGGAUAUUAACAUAGUGUGCGUGAUCAAUGAUUACACUUCUGUGGAAGAGAUGAAGGUUAAAAUAAAGCAGUGGAAUGGCGUGGCGUCCUGGUUGUGGGUGGCCAACGAUGAGAACUGUGGCAUCUGUAGAGCGCCUUUCAACGGCUGCUGUCCAGACUGUAAGGUCCCAGGAGAUGAUUGCCCGUUGGUUUGGGGUCAGUGCUCUCACUGUUUCCACAUGCACUGCAUCCUGAAGUGGCUGAACUCUCAGCAAGUGCAGCAGCAGUGCCCGAUGUGCCGUCAGGAGUGGAAGUUUAAAGAGGGAGACACUUCCUGAGGAGAUUAAAUAAGUGCACACUCA